GGCUCCUGAACAACAGGGGCUGGGAAGCCAAAGGAGUAGCACUUACUUGGAGCCUCUGAAACCCUGAACACGAUGCUCUUGCCCUCCAAAAAGGACCUUAAGACUGCCCUGGAGGUUUUUGCUGUUUUCCAGUGGGCCUUGAGUGUCUUUGUCAUCGUCUUCACCGUAAUCUCUGUCAACAUCUACCUGGUGCUGUUCACGUCAUACUGGCCCCUCACUGUGCUCCUUCUCAGCUGGCUGGCUUUCGACUGGAAGACACCCCAGCGAGGGGGCCGCCGGAUUGACUGUGUGAGGAGAUGGUGCAUAUGGAAACAGUACUGUGAUUACUUCCCCCUCAAGCUUUUGAAGACUCAUGAUAUCUCCCCCAACCACAACUACAUCCUUGUGUGCCACCCUCAUGGGCUCUUGUCCCAUUCAUGCUUUGGCCACUUUGCCACAGAUACCUCAGGCUUCUCCAAGAUCUUUCCCGGUAUCACUCCUCAUAUUCUCACCCUGGGAGCCUUUUUCUGGGUGCCGUUUCUCAGAGAGUAUGUCAUGUCUUCAGGGGCCUGCUCAGUGAGUCAAGCAUCCAUGGACUUUCUGCUCACACACAAAGGCAAAGGCAACAUGCUGAUUGUGGUGGUUGGUGGCCUGGCAGAGUGCAGCUAUAGCCUGCCAGGCUCUACUACUCUGUUCUUGAAGAAACGGACUGGCUUUGUACGUGUGGCCCUUCAGCAUGGAGUUCCUCUAAUCCCUGCCUAUGCCUUUGGGGAGACAGACCUCUACAAUCAGCACAUUUUCACCCCUGGGGGCUUGGUGAAUCGCUUCCAGAAGUGGGUUCAGCGUAUGAUACACAUCUACCCUUGUGCUUUCUAUGGGCGCGGCCUCACAGAGAACUCCUGGGGCUUACUGCCCUUCGCCCGGCCUGUGACUACCGUUGUCGGGAAGCCGCUACCACUGCCCAAGAUUGAGAAUCCGAGCGAGGAGACUGUGGCUAGAUACCAUGCACUCUACAUCGAUGCCCUACGCCAACUCUUUGACCAGCAUAAGACCAAGUAUGGCGUCUCAGAGGACCAGGAACUGGUGAUUGUUUGACAGACACCCCCAGCGGCUUCUUGGCCUGGGCUGGAAGGUUUCGAAUCUGUGGAACAGGAGGACAGAAGUCACCUGUGGGCAUCCUCCUCCUGAUCUGGCUAAGUCCGCAAUAUGAGGAAGCUACUCUCUAGGCCCCGCUUCUUCCUUCAUCUCUCUUUUUUCUUCUUCUUCUUCUUUUUUUCUUCCUUCAUCUCUUGCCUCCUUCCGGCUCUUCUCUGCUUUCACCUCGGGGCUACCAGGGAAGUAGCCCCCAAAGGCAGGGAAAGCCCUAGCCGAGAGGUAGCCCGAAGUUUGCCUCACCCACGGCCACUCAGCAUCAGUACUGAGGAGAACAAUGGACAGAAUAAAAAGCUCUUCUUCUGA